UAUUUGCACCCCGGCGUCAGUUGGACGUCCAUUUAACUCGGAUCAGUCGCGUGCGUCACUGACCUCACCAACGGUUCGCUUCCACUUCGCUCCUGUGAUAACGGCGACAAAAUAACGGUCUAUAACGGGUUCCCCGGAGCCAGAAUACACGCCGGCUUCUCCUCCGGCCAUCAAGCUGUGUUCUUUUUUUCUUAUUGGUGGAUUGCGUUCGUAAUUUCCGCCAUUUUAAAGCAGGCGGGGGUCCUUUUGACCGGAAGUAGAUCGAGAGUAUAAAUUCAGGCGGCAUCCCCCCUCCCAUUCUUUUCCGUUAUUCGCUGCGUUAGACUCCUGCUCGCUGAAAUCACGCAUCACCAUGUCGGACGAAGGGAAACUGUUCGUCGGAGGCCUGAGCUUCGACACCAACGAGGACACGCUCGCCGAGGCCUUCGGCAAGUUCGGCGCCAUCGAGAAAGUCGACGUGAUCCGGGACCGGGAGUCCGGUAACUCUCGCGGCUUCGGCUUCGUGAAAUUCGAGAACGUGGAGGACGCCAAAGACGCGCAGGAGGGCAUGCACGGCAAGACCCUGGACGGCCGCGCCAUCCGCGUGGACGAGGCUGGGAAGGGCGGAGGCGCCCGAGGAGGCUUCGGCGGUAGAGACUCCCGAGGAGGCGGCGGAGGAAGAGGAGGAUAUGGAAGAGGCGGCGGCGGCGGCUACAACAGCGAUAGGAGCUACGGCGACCGAGGCUUCCAGUCCGAGGGGCGGUAUGGCGGCGGCGGAGGCCGAGGAGGCGGUGGACGCGACAGCCGCGGCGGCGGUGGUUACUAAAACGGGCCUCAGUGCACCCUGCGUGGACUUUUCAACGCUCCUAGAAGAAGAAAAAAAAGAUGAUGAUUUAAAAAAAAAAAAAAAAAAAAGGAGCUUAAUGUCAAAGUCUGCAGGCUAAAAACAAACAAACUGUGCAGAAUUAUUUACCACAUGGGGAAACCGAAAGCAACAGCAAGUCUUCAAAGUCGCCUUCGCAGAAUACGAACAGUUUCUUGCGCCGUUAAUGUCCGUUAACGUCACCGACUAGCUGCUAAAGUCAUUUUUAAGGGUUGAGUCUCUCGAAAGGGAGACCGAACGAGUCGGAACAACUCGACUCGCAGACGGGGAGUGAAUCCGGAGUACUGGACUUUUCAUGACUAACUAUCGUUACUAGUCCAUCGUUCCACGAGGUGUCGCUUUGUCUUUUGUCUUUCUGUCUCCUCUUUGUCUUGCAGGAGCCCAGUAGUUUUCAUGGGCCAGUCCUUAACAUCAAUACAUGCUCACUGACUGAUUUUUGAUUUGCACAUUUGUUCUGUUCUUUGUUUUGGAAAUAAAUAUGCUUUAUGACUUUUCAA